AUGGCACGCGUACUCGAGGUGCAUCUGAUCGCCGUCGGUGAGCUCGGCCUGGGCGGCCUGUUCGCCGUUCGUCUGGCGCACGCCCACCUAGACCGAGGACUCGCGCUCGCCCCUGUCCUGGCCCACGCGCGCUGGCGAAGAAGCCGUCUAAGCUGGCGUUGUCCCGAGCAUCCGGGAACCCCGGCUCGGUGGCGCGGUGCCCUCCGCAGACUGAAUCACGCAUUCGUCGAGAGGAAUUUGUGGUUCAGAGUCCCUCCGCAGCCGAGUUACUGGUCAGCCGCAAGGGGCGCCCACACGGGACCUCAGGUUGAGGUUGAGGACGAGUGUCUCACCUCAUUAUGGCUUAUUAGUAAGUUCGCCCUUUUCUUCAUAAGGUUAGCAACGGAAAAGACAUCUGCUACGUUCAUGGUUUACGAAUAG